GGGGCCCGAGUGCCGAGCCCUUUGCUCCCUCGGCCGCGCGGGGACAGGGCGGCUGAGCAGCCUCCGCCUCUCCCGGCUGUGGGGGCCCCACUGAGUAUGUCGGAAGAGAGCGACAUGGAGAAAGCCAUCAAGGAAACUUCCAUUUUAGAAGAAUACAGUAUCAAUUGGACUCAGAAGCUGGGAGCUGGAAUUAGUGGUCCAGUUAGAGUCUGUGUAAAGAAAUCUACUCAAGAACGGUUUGCACUGAAAAUUCUUCUUGAUCGUCCAAAAGCUAGAAAUGAGGUACGUCUGCACAUGAUGUGUGCCACACACCCAAACAUAGUUCAGAUUAUUGAAGUGUUUGCUAACAGUGUCCAGUUUCCUCAUGAGUCCAGCCCUAGGGCCCGACUCUUAAUUGUAAUGGAGAUGAUGGAAGGGGGAGAGCUAUUUCACAGAAUCAGCCAGCACCGGCACUUUACAGAGAAGCAAGCCAGCCAAGUAACAAAGCAGAUAGCUUUGGCUCUGCGGCACUGUCACUUGUUAAACAUUGCGCACAGAGACCUCAAGCCCGAAAAUCUGCUUUUUAAGGAUAACUCUUUGGAUGCCCCAGUGAAGUUAUGUGACUUUGGAUUUGCCAAGAUUGACCAAGGUGACUUGAUGACACCCCAGUUCACCCCUUAUUAUGUAGCACCCCAGGUACUGGAGGCACAAAGAAGGCAUCAGAAGGAGAAAUCUGGCAUCAUACCUACCUCACCGACGCCCUACACUUACAACAAGAGCUGUGACUUGUGGUCCCUAGGGGUGAUUAUCUAUGUGAUGCUGUGCGGAUACCCUCCUUUUUACUCCAAACACCACAGCCGGACUAUCCCAAAGGAUAUGCGAAGAAAGAUCAUGACAGGCAGUUUUGAGUUCCCAGAGGAAGAGUGGAGUCAGAUCUCAGAGAUGGCCAAAGAUGUUGUGAGGAAGCUCCUGAAGGUCAAACCGGAGGAGAGACUCACCAUCGAGGGAGUGCUGGACCACCCCUGGCUCAAUUCCACCGAGGCCCUGGAUAAUGUGCUGCCUUCUGCUCAGCUGAUGAUGGACAAGGCAGUGGUUGCAGGAAUCCAGCAGGCUCACGCAGAACAGUUGGCCAACAUGAGAAUCCAGGAUCUGAAAGUCAGCCUCAAACCCCUGCACUCAGUGAACAACCCCAUUCUGCGGAAGAGGAAGUUACUUGGCACCAAGCCAAAGGACAGUGUCUAUAUCCACGACCAUGAGAAUGGAGCCGAAGAUUCCAAUGUUGCCUUGGAAAAACUCCGAGAUGUGAUUGCUCAGUGUAUUCUCCCCCAGGCUGGAGAGAAUGAAGAUGAGAAACUGAAUGAAGUAAUGCAGGAGGCUUGGAAGUAUAACCGGGAAUGCAAACUCCUAAGAGAUACUCUGCAGAGCUUCAGCUGGAAUGGUCGUGGAUUCACAGAUAAAGUAGAUCGACUAAAACUGGCAGAAAUUGUGAAGCAGACUGCUUGCUGGAACUCACAGGAGGCACACUUGAGCUUGGGGAGCCAACUUCCAUGAUGGAAGAAGAGGGAGCUGAGCCCUCAUUUCUCCUGCCCCUAAUUCCCAAGAGAAAAGCAGGAACGUUUCCUUUUUGUCAUAUUUGUUAAAGGGUACUGGUGUGUUUCUUAAAUCUAACAGGGUUUUCUUUUGGGUUUAUUCUUUUUUUUUUUUUUUUUGAGACAGAGUCUUGCUGUUGUAGUGGAGGCUGGAGUGCAGUGGCACUAUCUCCGCUCACUGCAACCUCCGCCUCCCAGGUUCCAGUGAUUCUCCCACAUCAGCCUCCCAAGUAGCUAGGAUUACAGGUGCCCGCCACCACGCCUGGCUAAUUUUUGUAUUUUUAGUAGAGACAGGGUUUUACCACGUUGGCCAGGCUGGUCUUGAACUCCUGACCUCAGGUGACCCGCCUGCCUCGGCCUCCCAAAGUGCUGGGAUUACAGGCAUGAGCCACUGUGCCCAGCCUCGGGUUUAUUCUUUACAUGUUUGUUUGUUUGUUUUGAGAUGGAGUCUUGCUCUUGUCACCCAGGGUGGAGUGCAAUGGCAUGAUCUCGGCUCACUGCAACCUGUCUCCCAGGUUCAAGUGAUUCUCCUGCCUCAGCCUCCCAAGUAGUUGGGAUUACAGGCGCCCACCACCAUGCCCGGCUAAUUUUUGUAUUUUUAGUAGAGACAGGGUUUCACCAUGUUGGCCAGGCUGGUCUCGAACUCCUGACCAUCCGCUUCAGCCUCUCAAAGUGCUGGGAUUACAGGCAUGAACCACCAAGCCUGGCCUAUUCUUUAUAUGUUUAACCAGAGCUUCCCUUUCCCCUUCCAGGAGGUCCUGCUUUGUCCUUUCCCCUUCCCUGCAGCCUUCACCAGCUCCAUCACUCCUUAUUUCUGUUCCCUCUUCCUCUGGUCCUGUUUUUGGAAUAAUUUGUCUGAGAAGUUUACAUAUAAUUGAAGUGGGACUGUUGGAUUAUUAUGUAAGAUGAUCCAGUUUUGGUUUUUUUUUUU